CGCUUUCAGACCUGCAGGCCUUUUGUCCCUCCCAUGCGUUUGUCUCGCUUGUCUUCCCGCGUCUGCGCACCUCCGCCCGGCCUAGACCUCCCCGCCGUAUCCCGCACACUUCACCCCUCCGCACGGACAACAUGUCUGAAUACAGCGCGGUGCCGCCGCCCGGGCCCGGAGCGGCUCUAGGAGCCGGUGGACUCAAGAAAGACGCGUUCGCCGAUGCGGUACAGCGCGCUCGACAGAUCGCAGCAAAGAUCGGCGGAGACGUUACGGGUCCCCCUAUGAGCAAUAACGGAGGAGCGGAGAGUUAUCCCUUCGCGGCACAGAAACGAUCGCUGGAGGACGGAGAUCAGCCUGAAAGUAAGAAGAUGGCGUCUGACAGGGACAACGCUGCAGCCUUGUCUAUCGGAGCCCAGCUGGCUGCCCUUUCCCAGCAGAGUGUACGUCCCUCGUCAAUGACAGAAGAGUACAGAGUCCCUGACGGCAUGGUUGGGCUCAUCAUUGGUCGCGGUGGAGAGCAGAUCAAUAAGAUCCAGCAGGAGUCUGGCUGUAAAGUUCAGAUUGCUCCAGACAGCGGUGGUCUUCCAGAGAGGAGUGUGUCUCUCACCGGAGGCCCUGAAGCCAUCCAGAAGGCCAAAAUGCUACUGGAUGACAUCGUCUCUCGAGGGCGCGGCACUCCCCCCUCCUUCCACGAGUCGACCAAUGGGAGCGGCAACAUGCAGGAAAUGAUCAUUCCAGCAGGGAAAGCUGGUCUCAUCAUCGGCAAAGGAGGAGAGACCAUUAAACAGCUGCAGGAGCGAGCUGGUGUGAAGAUGAUUUUGAUUCAGGAUGCUUCUCAGGGGCCAAACAUGGACAAACCACUGCGCAUCAUUGGAGAUCCUUACAAAGUCCAGCAAGCACGUGAAAUGGUGCAGGAGAUUCUGCGAGAGCGGGAUCAUCCAGGCUUCGACAGAAACGAGUACGGCUCUCGAAUGGGUGGAGGAGGCGGUGGUGGUGGAGGAAUCGAGGUGCCCGUUCCACGUCACUCUGUGGGCGUUGUGAUUGGCCGAAGCGGUGAGAUGAUCAAGAAGAUUCAAAAUGAUGCUGGUGUGAGGAUACAGUUUAAACCAGAUGACGGUACCGGUCCAGAUAAGAUCGCUCAUGUAAUGGGUCCUCCUGACCGCUGCGAACACGCCGCCAGUAUCAUCAACGACCUCCUGCAGAGCAUCAGAGUACGAGAGGAAGGAGGAGGGGUGAGUGAUGAAGGAGAGAUGGGUCCUCCCGGUCCUCCUGGCACAGGCAUGCCACCGGGUGGGCGUGGCAGGGGGCGUGGCCCAGGAAACUGGGGCCCUCCUGGCGGUGAGAUGACCUUUUCAAUCCCCGCUCACAAAUGCGGUCUCGUGAUUGGCCGAGGCGGUGAGAACGUGAAAGCGAUCAACCAGCAGACUGGCGCCUUUGUGGAGAUCUCACGCCAGCCGCCGCCCAACGGCGACCCCAACUUCAAACUGUUUACCAUCAGAGGCUCACCUCAGCAGAUCGACCACGCCAAACAGCUGAUCGAGGACAAGAUCGAGGGUCCCCUGUGCCCUGUUGGUCCCGGACCGGGUGGGCCAGGCCCCGCUGGACCCAUGGGCCCCUACAACCCAAAUCCGUACCAGCCCGGACCCCCUGGUGGACCGCCACACGGUGGUCCUCCUGGAGGUCAGUAUCCACAGGGUUGGGGAAACGCGUACCAGCAGUGGCAGCCGCAUGAUCCCAGUAAAGCAGCAACAGAUCCUAACGCAGCAUGGGCGGCUUAUUACGCACAGUACUACCAGCAGCCUGGAGGGGGCGCUAUGCCGGGACAGACGCCUGCGGCCCAGCCAGCCGCCGCUGCUCCCGCUGACCAGAGCCAAGCUGCUCCAGGGACUGCCCAGCCUGACUACACCAAGGCCUGGGAGGAAUACUACAAAAAGAUGGCCGCGGCAGGAGGCGGCGCUGCACCCGCUGCAGGAGGAGCUCAAGCCGCAGGAGCCGCAGCUGCGGGACAGACGGACUACAGCGCCGCGUGGGCUGAGUACUACAGACAGCAGGCUGCUUAUUACGGACAGACGGGACAGGCCCCCGGACAGCCCGGUGCAACACCGCAGGGCCAGCAGGCGCAGUGAAGAGACUGUUGCUGAGCUCUCGUCCGUCCGGGUCCUUCCCUCCAUCCUCUCAGAAAAGGACUUCUGCUCUUCCUGUUUUUUUUCCCUCUUCCUGUGUCCAGCAGAAAAGCUGUGUGACUCUCCUCUGAAGCCAG